AUGAAAGAGUCGAUGAAGAAAUGUUGCUAUAUUAAAAGAGAUUUUAUAACUCCUGAAGAAGAGGAAUCGCUCUUGAGAGAAGUUGAGCCGCAUAUGAAACGAUUGAGAUAUGAGAAAAGUCAUUGGGAUGAUGCGAUUCAUUUGUAUCGCGAACGAGAGCAACGAAAAUGGAGCGAUGAGAAUCUGGAAGUGAUUAGUCGAAUUCGAUCGGAAUCAUUUGGGCCGGGCACCGAGCAUCUCACAUAUGUGCACAUUCUCGAUCUACACAAGGAUGGGGUCAUAAAACCGCACAUUGAUAGCGUUCGGUAUUGCGGCGAUGUAAUCACUGGCGUUUCGCUUUUGUCCGAUGCCAUUAUGAGAUUGAGACAUAAGGAGCGGAAGGAUGAGCUUGUAAUUGAUAUGCUCAUGCCGAGAAGAAGCUUGUAUCGAUUAGGUGAAAUUGGGCGAUAUGAGUUCACUCAUGAAGUUUUGGGUGAUGAGGAGAGCGAAUGGAAUGGCAAACAGGUACCGAGGAGUCGACGCAUAUCAAUUAUUUGUCGAGAUAUCCCGAAGGCUUGUAAUUCACCGAAAACGGACGAGAUUAAGCUAACCCCGAUUCCGGAAUCAUAG